AUGGCGCCGGAGGUGGUGGUGGUCGGCGAUGGAGGUGGUGGACGGGUCGGGAUAGUGGAGGAAGAAGAAAGCCAAAGGGAAGGGAAUUUUUUUUAUAGAGCUGCAAACACGGGUUGGGGUCACGAGGAGGAUAGGCGUUCAAGAUGGGGUAAUGACAAGUUCGAGGUUUCUACAAGGAAUGGAAAACAAUCUGGUGUGUCAGACCGUGUUCUGGAAUCUGCUAAUCAGGAAGGGCGUGGAGAUAGGGGACUUGAGAAGAGAUUGGACACAAAGGAGACGGAUAUGAGGCAUAGGGAUGACGGGAAUGACUUGCGUGAUAGAGAGUCAAGGAGGCAUGAUGUUGAAUCAAACUGGGGAGAAGAUCGUAAUAGGAGAGAUGAGAAAAGAUCAAGAAAGUAUGAAGAUGAAUCUUACAAAAUCGAAGAUAGAGAUAGUAGAGGGAAAGACAGAAGGUUGACUCAUGAUAAGGGAGUCUCCCUAAGCUGUCCAAGAAAUUCUGAAGAUGAUCAUGGGCAUAGGUCUCACAGGUAG